AGACAUACAACAACUUUUACUGCCAAACCAAAAAAUCUUUUUAUUUUUUACUUUGAAUACACAAAAAAAAAACAGGAGAGAAAUGAUGAUGAAGAGGCAAUUGAUACUAAUAGUGAUUUUUCUCGGGCUCUUGGCGAUUUUCUUGGCCACCACACCAGUCGAAGCGGCUAGGCCGUUACGAACCGAUGGUAAGAUCCAGUUCGUGCUCCAGUUGCUGCAAAGAGGUACAGUGCCACCGUCAGGUCCAAACGGUUGUACCAACGAUCCAAAAAGCUCGGGAACGUGCCACGGCUGAGCCGUAGCGCUAGUCUGAUUAUACAUACUGGUUAUUUAGUUUUAUUUAUUUAUUUUCUUAAGGUUAUUAUUAAUCAAUGCAAUAAGCACAACUAUAAUUUUGUUUAUCGGCUCGAUCUUUGGUGGAGCUAUAGCAAGUGUAUGUAUUCAUUAACUCUGUAAGAGCAGCCAAAGCUAGCUCGUUGAUGAGAUUACUAUUCUUUUAUUUGUUUAUGAACUUUGACCAUGUAACUUAAAAGUUCAAAGAAAACAUGCCACUUAUUAUUUUUAUUUUUAUUUUCAUUAAUCUUAAGCAUUUCUGUAUGAUAUUUUGAUACAAUUA